AUGACGAGAGCGAUUCCGACGUCGAGGAGGAGCAGACUACGAAACGCCGGCGGCCAACUUUGGGGGUGCAACUGGAUGACAAGCGGAAAGAGAUGUUGAAGAAGCACCCUCUGUCCGUCACCAUCAACCUGAAGUGCAAAGAUGGCAGUUUGCUGUUCCUGACCUUUUACUACUUGAUGAACCUCAACGUCCUGACCGUCAAGGCCAAGAUGACCGCAGCCACGGAGAUGACCGUGCCCAUCAGCGCUGGGGACCUGCUGUGCCCCGAUUCUCUUCUGAGCUGCCUCUAUCCUGGGGACCACGGAAAGAGGACCCCAAACCCCGCCAACCAGUUCCAGUUCGACAAAGUGGGCAUCCUGACCCUGAACGACUACGUGCCUGAACUGGGCCAUCCAUACGUAUGGGUGCAAAAACUGGGGGGUUUGCACUUCCCCAAGGACCAACCCCAGAAUCCCGUGGUCGCCGAUAACUCGCUGAGUGCUAGCCACAUGGAGAGGACCAUGAAACUGCUCAAAACGAGGUUGGAGUCGCGCCUGGCCCUUCACAAGCAAUUUGCUUCCCUUGAACAUGGCAUUCUGCCCGUCUCCCCUGAGUCUCAGCAUCUCUUCCCCGCCAAGAUUAUGUCGCAUUUGGUGAAGUGGAUGUCCCUCACGUACGAAGAUUACAUGGAGCUGCCUUACACUAAAGACGUGGUUGAGUCUGGUUUGGCUGAAGAUACUCACCUCUACUACUUGGCACUGAUCGAGAGAGGCACAGCCAAGCUCCAGGCCUCCGUAGUGUUGAACCCCGGAUAUUCCUCCAUCCCGCCCGUCUUCAGCCUGUGCUUGAACUGGAAAGGGGAGAAAACCAGCAUGAAUGAUGACAACAUUCGG